GCCUUCAUCUUCAAAUUCAUUAGAGAUAGCUUUAAUUAGAGAAGAUGUCAAAGAAGAAAAUGUGCGAAAUAAGUUGUAUAUUAUAUUGAAAAAAAACGAUAAUGAAUAAUAAAAAACUAUAAUUAUUCUGUUCUAAUAUUAUUAAUUUAACUAACUGAGUUAAUUAUCUUUUAAUAAAUGGCAACUUCGACAGUAGGAGUUUCGACUUGUUCCUGGAGUUAGUAACUAGAGUAAAUAGACGAAGUUUUGCUUCCAAGAUAUAAUAAUAAAUAAAUGUGAUACUCAAUGAAUAAAAUGAACUCCAAUGUACGAUGGGGUUCUCGAAAAAAAGAUGAAAUUGACUUUUCUCAACUUCUUUCAGAACUUGAUGAGUUAUUUGCUGAUGAACCAUUUGAUCCUGAGGGAUAUGUAGAUCGUCUUUCAUGGCGAAUAGGAGGUAUUCAGAGAGAAGGUGAGGCAUUUGAUCCAAGCUCACUACACAAAGCAUUUGAGCAUGCCAUUCUACAUCUGCAGCAAAGUUAUGAAACCAAGCAGCGUCAGUGUGGUACAUUAGAGAUGCUAUGCCGAGAAGAAGAGAAAGCUCACUGGGAAAAAACAAAAGAACUUAUCGACAAAAAUAAGGCUGCUUAUGAGACAUUUCAUGAACUCGAUGAAAGAAUAGAUUUUGUAGCUACAAAAGUAGUUCACCUGGGUGACCAACUAGAGAGUGUAAAUACUCCUCGUGCUCGUGCAGUAGAAGCACAAAAAUUGAUGAAUCAUUUUUCAGUUUUAAUGAAUGCAGAGGCUGGCAAAGAGGAUAUUCUAAGUGAUCGUAGUAAGCUUUUUGAAUCAGCUGACAUCAUUCAAAAACUUCAUCUGAUUUCACAAGAAUUACCACCUGGAAAGCCCAAAUUUGAACUGGCACGCCAGAGAAUAGCAAAAAAAUAUGAUGAGAUUGAACGAGAACUUAUUGAUGAAUUUGUGAAAUGCCACCAGUCUGAUAAACGAAGCAAAAUGAAGGAAGUUGCUGCAAUACUAUCAAAUUUCAAGGGUUAUUCACAAUGUGUGGAUGCUUUUAUUGAGCAGCGACAAAUGAGCCUUCCCUCUACUGGAGAUAUUUUAACAAGAAUUGUGCCUUCAUGUGCAGAAGCUCUUACUGUCACAAAAGAAGUAUUCAACAAUCCGGAUCAAGUUAUGUCAAAAUAUAUCCUUAAUAUCUUUCAUGGAAAAUUACAAACACAUAUUAAAGCAGAAUUGAUGGAUUGUGGUAACCCUGAAAAGUAUCUUGAAAAGUUUGAAAGACUCUAUUUUAGGACUACAAAAUUAACCAAUGAAUUAACAAAUCUUAAAAUAGGCUGUGAUCCAUCUUUUCUGGGCAAGUUAACCAAAAAUAUCUUUGCCAGAUACUUAGAAAAUUAUAUCACUAUAGAAGUGCGAUGUUUGAAAGAUAAGUGUGAAAGUGCAUUAAAUAUUUACUAUAAUUCAAAGAAUCAUCAGAAGAAACAAAUCCAUUUUGGAGGUAUUCAUGAUCUACGUCGAGAUAUUCAAGCAAAGAUAGGCUCCAAAACAAAUAUUCUGAGCUCAGCUGUGGAUAACUAUGGAGGGGAAACUUUUUUGUCUGAGGAAAUAGCUAUGAAUAUAUUACAGGAUUGUAAAAAGGCUUUUAAUCGAUGUCAAUUGCUGUCAAAGCAACAGUCUGAACUGCCUGGAAAUGCUGUGUUGUUAUUUGAUGUUAUGUUACAUUAUUUAUUUCAAGAACAUGUCUCCUAUGCUUUGGAACUUGGCUUAUUAGCUAUACCUUUGUCUGAACCUAAAAGUUCACCUGAAAUAUAUUUUUUUGAUGUGAUUCGACAAUGCAAUGCUAUAUAUCAUCUAUUUGAGAAGCAAUUUGGUGAUACAAUUAUACCUUUAGUUAUAUCUACACCGAAACAUGGGGAUUGCUUGCAAAAAAAGAAGAAAACCAUUGAAGAAAUGGAAAUUAAACUUCACACAGGAUUGGAAAGAUGCAUAGCCUCUAUUUUGGGAUGGGUUAGAUUUCUUCUACAAACAGAACAAAAAAAGACUGAUUUUAAGCCUGAAUCUGAAAUGGCCACCUUUGACGCUGACAAAUCUACGGCUGCUUGUAGUAGUGUUGUUAAAUUUAUUACUGAGUGCAUCAAGAAAAUCAAAGUAACACUUGAUGGUAAAAAUGUUGAAGCUGUUUUAACUGAGCUAGGCACUAGACUCCAUCGAGCUAUACUUGAUCAUCUUCAACAAUUUCAAUAUAGUUCCAUUGGUGCAAUGGUAGUUAUUUGUGAUUUAAAUGAAUACAGAAGGUGCGUCAGGGAGUUUCAAAUACCAUUGUUAAAUACUCUUUUUGAAACUUUACAUGCUUUGUGUAAUUUACUAGUGGUGGAGCCUAGCAAUCUGAAACAGAUGUGUACUGUUGAUCAGUUGGCAUGUCUUGAUCGAACUGUGCUCAUGAACUUUGUCCAAUUAAGAGUUGAUUACAAAACAGCUAAACUUGUUAAUCAAUUCAGAUAGUUUUAUUAAAAACUGAGAAUAAUUUUGUUAUAGAGAUCUUUGUUGUAAAUUAUAUUUUCUAAUAAAAGUUUUUAAUACA